AUGGGCUUUCAAACACAUAUGUUAGCGACCGCCUUGCUCUUUACUGCCGCUGUUCCCUUAGUUGCAACGGCCGAGGCAACGGCCGUCAUCCCCCAGACUUCAGACCUCCAAAUCCCUUCUCUUGGUCUUGGUACAUGGCUCUCUGAUCGUGGAAAGGCAUGUAUAUGCACGCUGGUUGAGCGCGCUGUCCAGUAUGCGCUGGACGGAGGGUACCGCCACAUCGACGCUGCUGCUAUAUAUCACAAUGAAAAAGAGGUCGGACGUGGAAUCUCUGCGUCCACUCUCAAACGCGAGGAUAUAUGGGUGACAAGCAAGCUUUGGAACAAUGACCAUCGGCCUGAAGAUGUCGGCAAAGCUAUUGAUAAAACGUUGGAAGACCUCGGCCUUGAGUACUUGGACCUCUACCUAGUACAUUGGCCAGUUGCGUUCCUCCCGGACUCCAGCGGUAUCGACAAGAAGACAUCAUUGGAGGAUACUUGGAAAGCCUUGGAGGAUUUGGUGCGCUCAAAGAAGACGAGAUACAUUGGCAUCUCCAACUUCUCACCCGCAGAUGUCCGCAGGAUUCUCGAUGUGGCCGAGGUUCGCCCCUAUGCUCAUGAGUUCGAGACGCACCCGUACCUCCAGCAGCAGGACUUUGUCGACUUCCAUGCCGACGAAGGCAUCAAAGUUAUUGCGUAUUCGCCGCUGGCCAACACGAACCAUCAGUAUGACGGCUCUGAUAUUCCGGCAUUGUUUGACGACCCCUUCUGGAAAUCCGUCGCGGAGAAGAAGAACGUGACUGUUGCGCAGGCCGUUCUGGGGUGGGGCUCAGCGCGGGGUACUGUGGUGAUUCCCAAGAGCGUACACGAGAAGUAUAUCGACCAAAACCUUGGUGGACUCGAUGUUUCAUUUACGGAGGAGGAGUUGAAAGAGAUAUCCAAGCAGGACAGGAAGGUCCGCUUCAAUAACCCCGGGCGGCAGUGGGGUGUUGACCUGUUCAAUGGGCUGGAUGAUCCUACCGAUCUGGAGUCGAACUACGCCGAGCUGUAG